AUGGACAGGACCGGGGCAGACGUGUGGGCAGAUAUAUUCUCCCAGUUGAUGGCUGAGAGGAAACCCCAAGACAUUUGGGUCCUGCACCCCCAGGACAGCUUGGUUGCAGGACACCCUGGCAGCAGUGGUCUCCAAUACCAGCUCAAGGGGCUUUCCAGGCUCCAGUGUAGCCGCUGCCCGUGGACCUGGGGCUCAGCCCAUGUGCACAUCCUGUUCCACGUGUGGUGGGAUGAAACUGGAGGCCAGGGGCUGGUGAGGAUGUGUGUGCAGGGCCAGCCAUGCCAGCUGUGUCCCCCAGACACCCUCAGAGAAUGCCAGGUGAGCCCCGGUGAUGUCCGGGCCUUCCUUGGCCAGCUGGUCCUGUACAUUCUGCAGAAGUGUUACAUGGACAACCACAGCCCAGAGCAGCACCCUGAAACCUUCCUGGGGGGCUGCUGUGAGGCCUGUGAUCUGGGGGUUUGCUUCCUCCAAAGGGAGCCCAACUCCACUUGGGGGCCCGUGCUACACAACACGCGUGCCACACACAGCUCUUCCACCCAUGCCAAGGGCCGUCAGCUACUCCCCUCUAGCAGUGGCUGCUUGGCUAGGAGUACCAGGGGCCACAACCGCAGACCUCUCACAGUGCCCCUGCUGGUGAUUGGUUUCACCGAGGAUCCCUUCUUAGAGGGCAGUGAUAUCCCCAGCGAAGACAACUGCAUUGUGGUCCCCUUUUCCCUUGUGGCUGUUGGUGAUGGCCAUGGCUUUUUCACCCCUGUGGAGGGCUCCCUCCUAGUGGCCGGCGGCAGCAAGACACCUGUGAUAGGCCAGGGCUCCAUCUGCCUGUCUGGGAGCUCUGAGGCUAUGUCCCGAGGCAGAAGGAUCCUGAUAAAUGUCAGAGCCCCCAUCUUCCAUGACCAAAGUUUUCCAGGCAAUGUCGUUAAGACUUUUGAACUCAGAGGUUUCCUGUUUGGAGCCCAGGGCUCUGCAUCCAGUUCCAUUGGUGUGGCCAAGGGUCAGGGCCCAAUUUCCUUCAGCAAUUGCCCUCUCAUCCCUGGAAGUGACUCAUACCCCAUGUUCUACACUAUUGGCCUAAUGGCUAAUGGAGAGGGUGCCAUUGCCUUCCCUUCGUUCUUAGCCAACACCAUCAGAGGCAAGGAACCCUUCAUCAGCAUGGCCACAGACGCAGUUCAGGAAGACAGUGGCCAGAGCCCAGCAGGUCACAACCUGCCUCCAGAGAGUGGCACCACAGGCCCUGCUGCCCACAGCAAUGAGGGCUCUGUCACCUUCCCCUUCUCCUUUAGUGACAGUGCCAAGGACCAAGAUUCUUCUACUGAGAAGGAAGAUAGCCAGAGGCUGGCCACUAUGGGCCAUGACUCUGCUGAAGAGAACAGUGCUGAUGAUCACAUCUCCAUUAGUGAGGGCACCAUCACAAUCCCCUUCUCAAUCUUCAGCAUCAUAACACGCAAGGGCCCAGGCUACUCUGCCAGUGGCUCUCAGUGCAAUGGCCACUAUAAGAAGAGGCGGCUGAGAUCCAGGUUUGUCAAGUCCAGUUGUGGGCCCCACCGGGAGGAAGACUUCCGCUCUAGAAGGUCCUCUCGCAGGUCACAAGCCCAAGCCUCGGAGGACUUCUGGAUCUGCGUGUCUCUGACCAUCUGUAUCUUCUGGCUGAUGUGUGUGUACAGACUGAACCUGGGUACUUACCAGCAGUAA